AAUCCUGGGAUGUAGGGUUUUGUUAGCUGGAUGGAGCAGAGCUAAAAAGUAAAAACAAGACCGCCGAUUGACAUAGACCUCCGACUAAUUCGGCUGGGUUUUGCUGAAAUUUCUCCGGUGACGGAAAAAGAGCGCAUUUCCAUGGGGUCCAAAGGCAAGAACAAGAAGAAUAUGACUAAGCCUGACGGUGACGCCACCGCCAACCACCGUAAUGAUGGAAAAAUCAUCACCGAUGCUCGUUUCGCAUCCUUACACUCGGACCCUAGGUUUAGGGAGCCACCGAAGCAUAAAGCCAAGGUUGCGAUUGAUUCUCGCUUUAACCGCAUGUUUACUGACAAGGAUUUCGCUACCUCAAAAGCUCGCACUGAUAAGAGGGGCAAACAGAAGAAGAAUGACUCCGCUGCUAACUCUUUGAGGCAUUAUUAUCGCCUCGAAGAGGAGGAAGAAGGAGCGAAAGAGAGGAGUUUGGGAAAGGAAUUGGUGAAGAAUGAGGAGAGCGGAGAAAGUGAGAGUGAGGGUGUUGAAAGUGAUGAAGAAAGUGAGAGUGUGAACGUGGAGAAAGGGAGCUUGAAGCUGGAAAAUGAGUCCGAAACAUCGGAUUCUGAGGAGGAGGAAGAAGAAGAAGAGGAAGCUGAGAGUGAUGACUCGAUGAGUACUACUUCGGAUUCAGAUGAGGCGUACGAAGAGGAAGAAGAUACUUUUGGGCUGGAGGAGACUGUUCCGGAAAUUGAUAAGGAGACGCAUAGGCUUGCGGUUGUCAACAUGGAUUGGAGUCAAGUCAAGGCAGUUGAUUUGUAUGUCUCGCUAAGUUCGUUUCUUCCUAGAGGUGGUCAAAUUAUGUCAGUGGCAGUCUACCCAUCUGAGUUUGGGCUCAAACGAAUGGAAGAGGAGGCGAUUCAUGGUCCUGUUGGGCUAUUUGAAGAUGACAAAAAGAAUAAUCAAAAUGAUGAGGAUGAAGAUGAUGAUGAUGAUGAAAUUGACAAUGAGAAAUUGCGUACUUAUGAAUUAAGUAGGCUAAGGUACUACUAUGCUGUGGUGGAAUGCGAUUCAAUUGCUACUGCAGAUUACCUCUAUAGGACUUGUGAUGGAGUAGAGUUUGAGAGAUCAUCCACUAUGCUUGAUUUGAGGUUUGUACCAGAUACAAUGGAAUUUAAGCAUCAACCACGUGAUGUUGCAAAGCAUGCACCAGCAGACUAUGAAGGAUUGGACUUUCAAACUCAAGCACUUCAGCAAAGUAAGAUUCAUCUGACAUGGGAUUAUGAUGAGCCACAGCGUGCAAAAACCUUGAAGCGAAAAUUUAACGAUGAUCAGCUUGCUGAGUUAGAGUUCCAGGAGUUUUUGGCUUCUGAUGAGAGUGAUAGUGAUGAGAGUGAGAACAAUGAUGGCAUGCAAAAUGGAUCAUUUGUAAAACAGAAGAAGCAGGAUAUGUACCGUGCUCUUCUCCAGUCAGGGGAUGGCUCAGAUGAAAAUGAUGAGAAGUACCAGGACAUGGAGGUAACGUUCAAUACUGGUUUAGAAGAUUUAAGUAAACGGAUUUUGGAAAAGAAAGACAGAAAAUCAGAGAAUGUUUGGGACGCUAUCCUUAGAGAGAGACGUGAGAAAAAGAAGGCCAGGAAAAAUAGAUCGAAAGAUUCAUCAGAAGAUGAGAGCAUUGAUACUGAUAAUGAACCUGCAGAAGAAACUGAUGACUUUUUUCUUGAAGAAUGUUCUGGAAAAGAAAGUAAGGUUUCUCAAGGUAGAAAUGCGAGAAAAGAGCAGCAGAAUGAAGAUGCAUCUCGAGAAGCUGAAGCAAGUAGAGCAGAACUUGAAUUGUUACUUGCUGACGAUAAGGGAGCAGAUUCCGGCUUGAAAGGCUACAAUCUGAAACGUAAGAAGAUGAAAGGGAAAAUGGGUAAAGAAAUUCCCGAUGAAGGGAAGCUGCCAACUAUUGACUAUGAUGAUCCUAGGUUUUCAACCCUGUUCACUUCACCGCUUUUUGCUCUGGAUCCCACGGAUCCUCAGUUCAAACGGAGCGCAGCUUAUGCACGACAAAUGGCAAAUAGACAACAGAAGAGCGAGUCCGAGAACAACAGGGUAAAGGAGCCGUCAGAAACACUUGGACAAGGUUUGGUGUCUAGUAAGACACAGAACGAUGACAACGGCGAUGACAAUCGCGAGUUGCACCGUUGUCUGCCGCCUGCAAAGAAAGAGAAGCUGGAAUUGUCCUCAUUAGUUAGGUCAAUUAAGAUGAAAUCAAAACAGAUUCCCCUUCAUGAUAAAGUGCUAGGAAAAAACCGCCACCUGAAAAGAAAAGCAAGCAAGAGCAAGUAGGUUAACCACUAUUUCAUACGGAUAUUUAGGCAGUGUUGCGAGGAUGGCGAAAGUUUAAAAAGUUCUGAUGGACAAAGCAAGUAGUAUCCUCUAUACAUGGGUGUAAGAGUUGGGGUAUUUUUCUGUUUUUGGUCAGAUAAACGAAGGGCAUUUCUGUAUGGUUUUCCUCAAUUUAAAAGUCUUGGUUAACUUGUACUCAUUUGUUCAUAUUACGCGCUCAAUUCAUUUUUCUUUUCUUCUUUA